UGGAAGUGGUGGCGGGGUGUGGUCCAUACAUCAUCAUCUGCGCCGUUCGGAGCAAACCGGUGGACCCGGUGCUCACACGGAUCGACUAUAACGCUGAAAGCAAACAGGUGAAUUAAACAUUCUGCCAUAGACAACCGUGGUGUUCGGACGCGCCGGCUUACCAAAAUCGCAAAACGCGCCCAAGGUUCAGGACCCUAGUGGUAGUGUUGGCUACCGCUGACUCCUGGUGCUUAUCAGCGGUUCCAGUGUUUGUGUAGGAACGGUCGCUGGUCACAUCCUAAACCACACAAACAACACGCAGUUCAUCAUCACACCUCAACCAGCGCGGAUGCUGGGACGCUUCGGCGACGACUCGACUGCGGGACCUUAAUAUUUAGUCGUUCGGUUUCGGGAUUCAAAUUGACAGUUGCAUCGGUGCAAACGAGCUCUUGAAAGAUUUUGUGGUAAAACAAAAAAAAACUCGCGUACUACAGGUGUGAGUGUAAGUGAGUGUUGAACGGAGUCGUGUGAUAUACGGUGCCGUCCCAAGAAGGCAAACCGGAUCGGAUUAUUAGUGCACCGUGUUGUGCUGCUGCUGCUGCUGUGAAACAGUAGCAUUGUGACUGUGAACUAAGCUGUGGUGUGUGAGAGUGCAAUCAUAUCGCUCCAGUAGACAGAUCAGUGCCAGGUGUACUUAGUAGUGCGAGUGUACGCAGCCACCACAGUUGUCUCCUUACGUACGCAGCCGUUUGCCAGUUGACAGUUGAUCGUGUUUACAGCGGUACGCUUCACCAGUGAAAUAAUAACAAGCCGGAUCAAAGCAAAGAUUGAGCAUGCGGCUGACAAGAUUAUUUUACUCAACGUUACUGAUAGGAAUACUGCAGAUCAGUCAUCCUUUUAUGUCAUUUGCUUACUGUGAAAAAUCGUCUCGGUUAAAGUGCAGGAAGGCGUUGCAGUUGACGGUAGCCGAGGAUCAGGUCGAGGUGGUGAAAUCGGUUAGCCCGGGCGAUGAGGCUGCCAAGCGCGAUAACGAUUCGGACCAAGUGGCGCUCGAGUCGGUCGAUCAGGAUCUGCAAGGAUCGGCACCGGUACAGUCCUACCCGCAACACCUACCAUCACCGUUGGGUCACGGUGCGGGAGGCUUGGGAGUAGGAGGACCGGGACUUGCCAAACAUGGACCAGGACCACAGCACGGUCCAGUGCCGCACCAUGGACCACCGAUACCGCACGGACCUAGCCGAGGAUCUCUAAGUCUUGGUCAACCGUUCGGACCACCGCCACCACCUCCCCAAGCACUGCCCGUAGCACACGCAUACCACGGACCACCACCACCACCACCACCUCCAGGAACCCUGAAAGCCCAAGCCAGUGAGCUCAGCCCAGAGAAGCUGUACGGGCCGCCACCUGCCGGCAACGAACUAUGGUCCUCACCGCUCCAGGACAUGCCGAAAAUAGUUUCGCUAGACGUCAAGUGCGAGAAGCAAGGCAUGAAGGUGUUCGUUCGGUUCGAUAAACCAUUCUUCGGCAUCGUCUUCUCCAAGGGUCACUACAGCAACGUCAACUGUGUGCAUCUGCCGGCCGGGCUCGGCAAAACGUCCGCCUCGUUCGAUAUCGGCAUCCACGAGUGCGGUACGGCUGGCAACACGGACAACGUCCUGUACAAUGGUUACUCCGGCACGGACACGAACGCCGGCUCCUACUUCGAGAACAUCAUCGUGCUGCAGUACGAUCCGCAGGUGCAGGAAGUGUGGGAUCAGGCCCGCAAGCUUCGCUGCACCUGGCACGAUCAGUACGAGAAGUCGGUCACCUUCCGGCCGUUCCCGGUCGACAUGCUGGACGUGAUUCGGGCCGAUUUUGCGGGCGACAACGUGGGCUGCUGGAUGCAGAUCCAGGUCGGCAAGGGUCCGUGGGCGUCGGAAGUGUCCGGGUUGGUAAAGAUCGGCCAAACGAUGACGAUGGUGCUGGCGAUCAAGGACGACGACAGCAAGUUCGACAUGCUGGUGCGCAACUGUAUGGCGCACGAUGGCAAGCGGGCACCGAUUCAGCUGGUCGACCAGCGUGGUUGCGUGACCCGGCCGAAGCUGAUGUCACGCUUUACCAAGAUCAAGAACUUCGGUGCGAGCGCUUCGGUACUGUCGUACGCCCACUUCCAAGCGUUCAAGUUCCCGGACUCGAUGGAGGUACACUUCCAGUGUACGAUUCAGAUCUGCCGCUACCAGUGCCCGGACCAGUGUACCGAUCCGGGUGUGCUCGACGUACAUCAUCUCUCGGGCGGACCGGAACACCAGCAGUACGGACCACCGCCACCACCACCGCCCCCACAGUCACUCGAUGCGCACGUCUUCACCUCCAACCGGAAGCGUGACGAUCGGCGGAUUCGACGCACGCGUGCAACCGAACCGGACCAGAAGGAGGACGUCGGGCUGAACCGUGUCAUUCGCGUAGUGUCACCGGGCGAUCUUACCUUCCCGAUCGGGCCAAACUCACCGAACGAUACCGAUGCUGCCACGAUGGUGUUUUCCGCCCGCGAGGAAGGUCUCAUCUGUAUGACCACACCCGGGUUCACCGUAACGAUUGUUGUGCUACUGUCCAUUCUGCUUGCGUCCUGCAUCACGUCCGCCUUUCUCUGCAUACGCCUCAAACCGUUCUCGCUAUCGCUAGCGAAGGAACGUUCGGUCGCAUUCACCAAUCCACAUCUGACACCGUCCGUCUCCGGUGCGGUGCUGACCAGUGGUGCUAGCUCCAUCGUCGGUACGCUCAAGUCAACGAAGUCGGGCGCCACCGGCAGCAAAACGCGCAUGUUCUACACCUGAGCAACGGACCUGGGACUUGCGGACCAGCGAGAAGCCGCGAUGCAUCCUCAACCCAUUCCUCAACACUGAACUCCACUUCCUUGUGCUCGUCCCGCAGGCACCUCCGUGGGAGGGGUUCCCCGGAGGAAAAGGGAGAGCUAAAUGUACGCUUCCUAUAUUUUUAAAACACAACAAAGCUUUUUUUUUCUCAGUCUUACCAACCUUCUGCAGGUGCCUUCGUGCUGCACGGAAACACGGACAUAAUUACAUACCUCACAGCAAUGAAACCUAUUGUACUUCUGUUCUGCUAUCAAUUUCCGCCCUACUCCAAAAAACAAAAACAGAACUAGAAGGCAGGCAAAUGGACACAAUCUUAAAAUGGAAGAGUUUGUCUACGAGGGCAGUAUUUAGUUGAUACGUUUCUAAGUGUUUAGGUUAGGCACGGUUUUAAGCGAAACAGCAACAAAACAUCAAAACACACACUUACAUACAGAGUAGACGCAUAGGUGUGCACACUCACACGGGACAGCAAGAUGGCCGACGCCGGAUAGCAGAUGGUGCCCCGGAUGUGUGCAUGUGUGUGUGUCUCGGUGGUAGUGCAAUCCUGGUUGGUGAUGGGACGAUUAGUGGUUUGUUGGGCAGGUUAAGUACAUUUGGACACAGUGCGAAGUUUACGUACUCCGCUCCGGCGAGUACCGAACCGUCCACUGGUGCUAUGUAGGGAAAGGGAUGGCUUGCCAAAACAAAGCAGCAACACACGAAAAACACACACACACACAAGCAAAACACUUUUGAGCUAGCGCGUCAUUAGUGUGUAGAGUGCGCCUGCCGACCGAACGGUUGCGCACCAUGGUAACAUAAUAAUUUAUUGAGUACGAUUAUUUAUUGAUUGAUUAUAUAUAUUUAUUUAUUUAACCCAUUAUUACUUUCUGCACGACUGCUAAAAGAACAAAAAAAAAGUACACAAACACACAGAAAAUACUUUAUUUAUUUAACACUAAAAAAAAAUCUUCAAAGCUACCUAAUAGUCGGGAACAGUGUCCCAUCCUACUCUUUGCAUUACUUACUGUGGCUUUCCCCCCUCCUCCCACGAUCUGGCUUUGCUUUCGAGGAGGUAGUUGACAUUUUAAAAAUGUCACCGUGACUGUUCCAUUUUCCUUCUUCAUCUUCUUCCUCCUCUUCUUGCUCCUAGUAAGCCUAGGAAUAGGACUCUUAGGGCGCGAAGUAACGAAUACUUACACCGACGAAAGAUGAUGAGCCACGGAGAGAGAUAGCGUAGGAGUCUUCUGUUGAAACCACCGCCAUAGACACUAAACAGUGAAGACAUCAUCAUCAGCAAAUGCUUCCCAAAACCAUAUAGUAGACAGCAACCGAUCAGGGUUACUAAACUAAUCUUCAAUAUGCUACACUAGCAGUUUGCUUACUGUAGAGGUAGUACUAUCUGCCACUCCGAUGACAGUUGACAGUUGACGUACGUUAUAAGCGCACAGGACUCUCUCUCUCUCUCUUUCUCUCUCUCUCAUUAAUAUAUCUCCCCUUCUACUACAACUAUUGCACAAACCUCAUUCUGUGUGACCUCAUUCACUCCCAUCUUCCUAUCCUUCCUAACGAGCUAAGGCUAAGGAGACGCUAGAAGCGAAGUACACCCGAUUUUGCCAUAGGCGAAUCGUAGCUAUUUUUAUCUUUACACACACACACCCACACAUACACGUUUUAAUGCGAAAGAAAUACAAUGGUAGAUAGAGAAGAUGGUGACCGAACGUUUUUUGUCGGUGGGCAGGCAACCGCUGGAGAUGAGUAACGCGCGUUAAUUGCGUAACGCCGCCAUGGAUGCUGGCUAUGUAGCGCGUAACGGCACACGCAUUAUCGCGCUGGUGUAUCGUUUAGUAGGGUUAGCAAACAGGUAGUAAUAGUAGCCACUCGAGUAGUUUAAUCCCUAGCUGUGUAAAAUGUAUCAUAUUACAGGCCCCGGUGAAAAUCCGAGCGUGAGCAUGUCGAACCCGGUGAGACUGUGGCUGCAGAGUCGUAACCGUGCGCUUCAUGCAUGCCCCUGUCUUCACCGACGCUUCGACUUCUUUUUUUGUUUGUUUGUUCGCAUCGGCGCCGUAACAGUGUAGCGUUUAGCGUUACUUAAUUUUAACACCUUAAAAUCAUUAGUAGCCAACAGUAGGCAAAAUAAAGAUAUUCGUAAUGGCAAUAAAUAAAUUAAAAAAAAAAAAAAAAA